AUGGCAACCCCCCAAGCAAAGAAAUCGCCCUCUGAUUUCUUGAAGCUCGUGCUGGGCCGACCCGUUAUCGUUAAACUCAACUCUGGCGUGACAUAUCAAGGGAUUCUGGUGGCCCUGGAUGGCUACAUGAACAUUGCCAUGGAGCAAACCGAGGAGUACGUGCACGGGCAGCUCAAGGGCAAAUAUGGUGACGCCUUCAUUCGCGGCAACAAUGUGCUCUACAUCAGCUCGCAACCAACGCACAAGCGCUCGUAA